UACUCCCUGUUCCUACAAACCCUUUCUUACAUCCAACAUCUACAGGUCCUACACUACCUUUUCUUUCUGCGUGAGAAAGUGGAAGAACCAGAGAAGACAAAAAUAAUAUUUGUUUCCUUCUCUUCUCAGUUCUCACUCCUCUCUCUCUCUCUCUCUAAGCUAACCGGAUUCUAGAAUGACAAGAAAUUAAUUGCGCUGCCUCCGAUGCUGAAAGAACACCAACAACAGAUUACAGAACAACCAUUCUGUAUCCUCUCAUACUAACCUAUUUUCGUCUCCAAGCCCGCUUUCUCAGGUCUAAAGUUCUAAACUAUUUCUCUCUUACCACCCUCUUACUCUCUCUCCCUGCAACUAUUGCCUAAACUGGCACCGUCACUACUCACUACGAGACUACCUCCAUUUCACUUUUUGAACCAGAAACUUUUCUUUUUUAAUUUUUUACCGGAAAAUGAGAUUUCUUGGUCUGAAAUUUCUGCAAGAAGCAACCGUCUUUCUUUCUUUGUCUGAAACCUCUUUCAAGACAAAUACAACUUCUAUGAAAGCACAAACCCACUUGUGUCUUGUUGGCAAUGAGAUGGAUUUCUCUAAAACCGCCAUCUUUUGUGUUUUCUCCUAAAGCUAUCACCCACCACUGCCAUUUCAUCUGAAAGCCUGAAGCUCACUUUUAGCUUGACUAUAGAAGAAAUGGGUUGCGCAACAUCUAAGCUAGAGGGAGAACAGGAAGUCGUCAACCUCUGCAGGGAGAGGAAACGCCUUAUGAAAUCAGCGGUGGAGCGUCGUUUCGCCCUUGCUGAAGCGCAUUGCAGAUACCUUCACUCUCUCUGCGCCGUUGCGGCUGCGAUUAGGCUGUUUGUUGCUCGCCAUUCCUCUCCGCCUUCGCCGUUCCUCAUAACUUUUCCUCCUGCCUGUCCUGCUUCUCCCCUCACCUCCACCCAUAACGUAAUCUCCAAUCCCAUGUUCCUCCAGCACCCACCAUCUGAAUCAACGCCGGAACCUGUCGCCUGUCAAUGGGCGGAUUCUUCGAGUUCUUCAGACUCUUCGGAGACGGGAAGGGAGGAGGGAGUGGGAAGAGAAGAACAAGAGGAUGAACAAGACGUCUGCCAAUACUUCUAUACGGAUGUGCCCCCGCCAAUGCCAUCCCCGAAGGGGGAUUUUGGAUGGGAUUUUUUCAACCCUUUCGACGGAGUGAGAGCAGAGGUGCUUGGCGGAUUCAGUCGGAGCUCCGAUGAAGAUUUGAAGGUGGUGAGGGAGGAGGAAGGGAUACCAGAACUGGAAGAAGACGAUGAAAGAGAAAUAGGGAAAAGUAAUGCAAUGAUGGUAGUAGAGGAUGAGAAGCUUGGAGAGGAAAGCGGAGUUGAGAUGGUUAAUAUAGCAGCCGGUGCAAAUGUAAACCGGGAGGAGCAGAUUGGGUUGACUGUGAUCGACACUCCUAAAACGGGUAGGGAACUAUUGGAAGCAUUGAAGGAUGUGGAGGACUAUUUUAUCAGGGCUUAUGACUCUGGCAAGGAUGUUUCCAGGAUGCUGGAGACUAAUAGAGUUCAUCUGCAAUCUGGUUUUGAGGAAAUUAAAGAGAACUCCACAAAAAUCAUCCAAGCUAUUACAUGGCACAGGUCCACUUCUUCUCAAUCUUCGUCCUGCAAGAGUUUCCUUGCAUCCAGUUCCAAAGGUUCUUCCACAUGGACAGAGUUCAACAACGACCUCUUUGAAGACUAUGGAGGAAUGGAAUCAGGGAGCCAUUCACUGACGCUAGGAAGGCUAUACGCUUGGGAGAAGAAACUGUAUGAGGAAGUGAAGGCUGGUGAAAGCACGCAGAAACUUUAUCAGCAAAAAUGUGCACAACUGAGACGCCAGGAUGCUAGGGGAGAUGACCUACAUUCUGUCGACAAAACCAGAGCUACAGUAAAAGACUUGUACACCAGGAUUUUAGUUGCCAUUAAGAGUGCUGAGUCGGUCUCAAACAGAAUUCAGAAACUAAGAGAUGAAGAGUUGCAGCCACAACUUGUUGAAUUGCUACAAGGCUUAAUGAAAACCUGGAAGAUUAUGUCAGCAGCUCAUGAAACACAGAACCGGAUAAUGUUUGAAGUUGAAUCUUUUACUUGCCCCACUUAUGGAAAGUUCUGCAAUGAUUCUCAUCGCCUUGCUACACUUCAGCUUGAAAUUGAGCUUCAGAAUUGGCACGAGUGCUUUACUGGGUACAUAACCGCACAGAGAGCCUAUGUUGAAGCUCUAGAUGGGUGGCUGUCCAAGCUCAUCAUCCCUGAAGUGGAGUUCUAUUCCAGGGGCAGGUCUUCUAUACCACCAUAUCGUAUUAGUGGCCCCCCAUUGCUUGUCAUCUGUCAUAACUGGUUAACCUCCCUUGAGAAAUUGCCUGAUAGGGCAGUCACAGAUGCCAUGAAGAGCUUCAGAAAAGAUAUUAGAGCUCUGUGGGUUCAGCAAAGGGAGGAACAGCAGCAAAAGAGGAAGGUCGACAGCCUUUCUAAAGAACUUGACAGGAGGGUUGUUUCAUUCCAGAAGGAAGAAAACAGAAUUCUUCAGUUCAAGCUUUCAGAACAAAAAACCGACUCAGAUGGCCAGCAUCAGGUUGAAUACUUGACAGAGAGGAGGAACCUGUUGAACACAUUCAGGAAGAGGCUGGAUGGAGAGAAGGCAAAACACCAUAAUUGUAUGCAGGAGACACAGCGGAUUACAUUAAAUGGGUUUCAGACUGGAUUUUCAUCGAUUUUUGAAUCACUUGCAGAAUUCUCCAAAGCAUCUCUAAGGAUGUAUGAUGAGCUUGUGACGCAGGGUGCAAGGGCAGAAGUGGGAGAUGGGUGUGAGAAUACAUCCUACCUAGAAGGUUCCCAAGUUGAAAACGAUGGUGGAUGACAUGGAAUUCCAGGAGAUGGUUUCGAGUUCGAGGGCUCGAAUUUUAAGGGUCUCGAGGAUGUCAAUGUGAAAUUGUAUAUGUAACUCUCGUCAAAGCAGCUCGCUGAGACAACUUUAUUUAUGAUAGGCUCUAGGAAGUUGCCUCUUUUGAUUAUUCAUUGCCAAAUAAGCUUUCUUCUUAGUUCUUUCUGACAAUUUGUUUUCUACGAGAUGUUUGACAUCUCAUUGCUGCGAUUCCUCUUGGCCAAAUGCAGUGAAGCUUUGUGGAGGGAUUCAAAUGAGCAA